CUUAAAACAAAAGGUAAGGGGAAAAACAAACGAGCUUGGUGGCCCACCCAAUAUUGUGGGGACAUCGAAAGUAACAUCUUGUAUAGUAGUAUUUAUUUUGAUGGAACUGGAAGAGUGAAGAUGAAGAGCCGUUCUUAAAAAUUAAAAAGCAAUCAACUUUUACACUUGACUGAGAGACACAAAAUAAUGAUACCACAUUGCCAUUGGGUACUUCAUAUUUUGUUGCUGUUGGUUAUCAUUUUCAACUCCCAAACAACAAUAUCCAGUACUACUUUUGCGUCCCAAGAAGUAGGAGGAGGAGGAGGAGACGAAGAGGCAGGGGAAGUGGUGGUGGGAUAUGGAUAUGAAAUCAAAUCAGCCUGGAUUGAUUCUGUCGGGAAGUCACUGAGUGCUUCUCUUCAACUCAUCCGAAACUCCUCCGUCUACGGCGCAGAUAUUCCCGAUCUCCUCCUCACUGCCAAGUAAGUAAUUAAACUUAAAUCCGUCAUCUCUUCUUGUUGAAGCCCUGUCGCCGUCGCCGGCGGCAGUACUGAUCAUUUAUUCAAUCGUGAUUUCGAAGUUCAUUUUGAAAUUUUCGAUUCGAUGAAACUGCGAAUCGAAUUGGUAGUUUUACUCUGUUUCGGCUAAAAUAAUGGUCCCAUAUCGCAGUCUGGUCAACGUAGCUACACCAUCCAUAUAGCUGUUUUAGAUAAUGUUUGUUAGAUUAAAUUGGAUGAAGUUCCUUAAAUAUAGUUUAUUGGUAGUAGUAAUUAUAAAAGGAAAACUUGUACUUUUUCAAAUUACGUAACCUUUUCUCCAUAAGAACGUUUAGAAGUAAUCCCUCCGAUCUUUAUUAUAAGGUAUUUUAAUUUCGUCAUAGGUUUAACAUAGCAUGUAUUUUUAAUUGAAAGAAAAACCUUAAAGAUAUAUUUCACAUUCGUUAUGUUUUUCUAAUUAUUAUGAAAUAUUUUUAAGGUUUUUAUUCCAAUUAAAAAAAUAUUUUAUGUGAAACAUAGGACGAAAUCAAAAUACGUUAUAAUGAGGACCGAAAGGGAGUAUUAUGGCAGACAUGGUUUAUUAAUUACUCCAAAGCACAAAUACUACUACAUUGGAUAUAUGUUCUAGUAUAACCAGAUUCCUGCAUUCUUAUACUCUAUUCAUCCCAAAAUUAUUAUUCAGUUUAUAUUUUCAUUUUUACUUUAAAUUGAUUAAAAAUUGAAAUCCCAAAUUAAAUAAUUAUGAGAAAUAAAGACUAUUUUUUUUAUCUCAAUGUUUUUUUGGUGUAAAAUUUUCUCUCAAAUGAUUGUUAAUGUGUUACAUAGCUGGUUUCGUACACUAUAAGCGUGUAACUUGCUUAAAAGUAAAGAGUUAGAACAUUGUUUUUAAAUCAAAAUUACUGGAAACUCUUUUUUUUUUAGUUACCAAAUAAUUACUUAUUCCGUUUUAAAAUUAAUCGUCUGCUUGUUAUAUUGGUAAAAUAUAUUUUUUUCGUCCCAAAAUUAUUGUUUAAUAAAAAAUUUCUUUUUUAGUACAAACAAAACUAAAACUAAAUGCUAGUACAAUCGCUUUCAGAGUCAAAUGAAAUCGUUAAAAUGAAUUCUGCGAGGGGCGAAUUUGUGAAUAAAUUUGAAUUUUUAUUUUUGACGCGAAUUUUCCUUUUACUAGUUUUGAAACAGAGGACCGUUUACGAAUUCGAAUAACAGACCCCAACCAGAAAAGGUGGGAAGUCCCAUAUGAUUUGCUUCCCCGCCAACCGCCACCGCCCAAUGCCUACCAAUCACCCGAAAACCAUCACCGCCGCCACCAUUGCCGCCGCGUGCUUCUCUCCCAUUCCGAUUCGGACCUCACAUUCCGCCUCCACAACACCACCCCAUUCGGCUUCUCCGUCAGCCGUCUUUCAACAGGGGAAAGUCUGUUUGACACCUCCCCUGAACCAAACAAUCCCGGUACUUUCCUCAUUUUCAAAGAUCAAUAUCUCCAGCUAUCCACGUCUUUGCCAUCGGAAAGGGCCAAUUUGUACGGCUUCGGAGAGCAUACAAAGAGCUCAUUUAGACUUCAGCACAAUCAGACGCUGACGCUCUGGAAUGCAGACAUUGGAAGCGCCAAUGUUGAUCUGAAUCUGUACGGAUUCCACCCUUUUUAUUUGGAUGUUCGAUCAUCUAACGGGACCAGCCAUGGAGUUUUGUUGCUCAAUAGUAAUGGGAUGGAUAUUGUUUAUAAUGGAGAUAGGAUCACUUACAAAGUCAUCGGUGGGAUUUUUGAUUUGUACUUUUUCGCCGGACCGACCCCAGAGAUGGUUGUGGAUCAGUAUACUCGGCUCAUUGGUCGCCCUGCUCCCAUGCCGUACUGGUCUUUCGGAUUUCACCAAUGCCGUUAUGGCUAUAAAAAUGUUUCUACUCUUGAAAGAGUUGUUGCUGGUUAUGUGAAUGCUGGGAUUCCGCUUGAAGUCAUGUGGACGGAUAUUGAUUACAUGGAUGCUUACAAGGAUUUUACACUAGAUCCUGUUAAUUUCCCCGCGGACAAGAUGAACAUUUUCAUUGAUAUGCUUCACCAAAAUGGUCAGAAAUAUGUGGUGAUUGUUGAUCCUGGUAUUAGCAUUAAUGAGACUUAUGAGACUUACAUAAGAGGAAAGCAGGCAGAUGUAUUCAUAAAGCGGAACAAUGCACCAUAUGAGGGUGUUGUUUGGCCCGGAAAAGUAUACUUCCCAGAUUUCGUAAACCCUGCAACUGGACUCUUUUGGAGCAAUGAAAUUAGUCUAUUCCACAAGCUUAUCCCCUUUGAUGGUCUAUGGAUUGACAUGAAUGAGAUAUCAAAUUUCAUCACCUCUCCUCCUGCCUCUUCAUUGUCUAAUUUUGAUGACCCUCCUUAUAAGAUUAACAACUCCGGAACUCAAGCACCCAUCAUUUUCAAAACAGUCCCCGGAACUGCUACGCAUUUUUCGGGUACCUCGGAGUAUAAUGUCCACAAUCUUUAUGGAUUUCUGGAGUCCAAAGCGACGAAUCAAGGAUUAGCAGAACUGAAAGGUAAAAGGCCAUUUGUACUUUCAAGAUCGACUUUUGUAGGUUCUGGUAAGUUUACAGCACACUGGACUGGAGAUAAUGCUGCCACUUGGAAUGAUUUGGCUUUCACAAUACCUACCACUUUGAGUUUUGGACUUUUUGGAGUUCCAAUGGUGGGAGCAGAUAUAUGCGGCUUUUCUGGAAACACUACUGAAGAGCUUUGUCGCCGUUGGAUUCAGCUUGGAGCCUUUUAUCCUUUUGCUAGAGAUCAUUCUUCAAAAGAUACAAUCUCUCAAGAAUUGUAUAUUUGGGAAUCUGUUGCAGAAUCUGCGAAGAAAGUACUUGGUCUCCGCUACCAGUUAUUACCAUACUUUUAUACACUAAUGUACAAGGCACAUAAGAAAGGAACUCCCGUUGCCAGACCACUCUUCUUCUCCUUUCCAGAAGACACGAAUACCUAUGGAAUUGACACGCAAUUUCUUCUCGGCAAAGGUGUACUAGUUUCACCGGCACUUAAACCUGGAGUUGUUACAGUUGAUGCGUACUUUCCGGCAGGGAACUGGUUUAGCCUAUUCAAUCAUUCGGAAUUCCUGAGUGUGAGUAAAGGGAAGUAUGUAACAUUAGAUGCGCCCUCAGAUCAUAUAAACGUGCAUGUUCGAGGAGGAAAUAUAUUAGCAAUGCAAGAACAGGCUAUGACAACUGAGGCAGCCCGAAAAACACCAUUCAAUCUUCUGGUGGUUGUCAGCGCAGAAAAAAACAGCACCGGAGAAUUGUUCCUUGAUGAUGGAGAGGAAUUAGAGAUUGAAAGUGAGAGAGGGAUGUGGACAUCUGUGCAAUUCAGUGGCUACCAAAUUCAUGAUAAGAACACGAUAACAGUUACAGUCGAGUCAAGAGUUCUUAACCCGAACUUUGCUUUAAGACAGAGAUGGAUCAUUACCAAGGUUACACUUAUAGGCCUUGAAAAUGUUGGAGGACUAAGGAGUUAUCAAGCAAGAUCAAGUAGGAGGAGGGAGAGAAGAAAUCAUCAGAACACAGGAAGUAGUAAAUUUAAGGUCAAGGGACAGUUUGCCUCUGUGGAGAUUUCAGGCCUCGAAAUUCUUAUUGGAGAGGAAUUUACAUUAGAGCUUAAUCUCAGUAAAUGACCAUGAUCUUCAAAGGGAACAAGCAGAAGAUUAAAUAAAAGGGAAACAGAAUAAGAGUCUACAAAGGUACUACGACCAGACAGUUUGAUUAGCAGAAGAAACUGUUCUAAGCUCAAAACACUCAUAUUAGUUAGGGACGGGGAAAUCGAAAUAACAGAGUCCGUCUCCGUGUGCUUUCUUUCAUGGGUGGAUGAUUCAUUCAAGAAGAGAUUUGUUAUGAGAAUAUAUGGCAUUGAAGAUACCAAAAGGCAUCUUCACACUGUCAGUCUGUUAGAUGUUAGAAGCACAGUGAAACUUAAAACAAAUUAUAAAUCAAACUUAAAAGAGACAAGCUUUUGUAUUGAUCUGUCCAAACUCCACCCUUUGCACAAAUGUAUGAGGUGAUGUCCACUAAGAUUUUCCUUCUUCAAUUAGAUCUAGAUACAUG